GCUGCAGACACUUCUCCUUGUUCACGACAUACACAAGCCUGCAGAGAGACACAUCAGCAUUCACAAACAUAUUCUCUUUUGAUGUCAUCAUGCGCUGCUUGCUGGCUGGAUGCUUCGGACUCGCUUUAAUCAAUAUCUCAGUGGCCCUAAACGCUGACGUGCCGAUCUCCCAGAAGCCCCGGUUCUAUGGAGUGAAUGCCGGACGCAAUGUGAGCAUUUGCUGUCUGUGCUCCAAGGAGCUCCAGUCAGCCAAUGCAGAGUGGUACAGAGUGGAUGAGUACAACACUGACGUGGAUCAAAAUAACUGGAUAAAAGCAGAAAAGAAGUAUACAUUUCUUCACUCCCGUGAAAAAAACCAUUUCUUUCUCGUCAUCCAUGAUGUGCACUUGGAGGACAGCGGGGUUUACUUCUGCAAGAUAAAUAAUACAUUGGGACCUGGAACUGCAGUCCAAGUAGCGAGAUCUGGUGGUGUUAACCAGGCAAGGAGAAGCAAGAUGAAGGAUGCUCUCAUCAUCCUCCAGGGCCUGUUGUUGGCUGUGUGUAUCGCUGCUGUACUGCUACGCAAACACCAACAGUUGGAAAAGAAGGACAGUAUAUAUGAGGAACCUGAAGUUGACCACAUCUAUGAGGGCUUGAUGAUUGAGACGUGUUCUGGAGGUGUGUACGAGGAACUCUCUGUGUACGCACAAGCUGACGGAGACGACUCAGCCGAGGCCCCAUGGGAGUGAAGCGCCUCACAAUAACUUUAUAAAGUACAAAUGAUACUUUAAGAGCCCUUUAUGGAAGUUGGUCAUUUUUCUAUGGUACCAGUUUGUUUAUAAGUGUGCAACUGCAUGUUUAUUCUAAAAGACUUGCUAUAUGUGUUGUUUAUUUGAUGCUAUUUAGUAGUUUGAAGUCCAGUGAAGUGUAAAGGAGCCAUUCUACAAUUCAGACUUCUUGUUGGUGCUUUAAGACGCUUUUAUAAAUACAAUAAGUGUUAUUUCAUACAGUACUCUGACUUUAAUAUCUGCUUGAUAAUAGGUGCAGAAAUGUGUUUGUGUAUAAUACAAUCUGAAUGUAAUGAAAACCAAUAAAAGCUUUGUCAAGUUGCUUGAAAA